UUCACAAUAAAGCCUCCUGCUACCUCAAAAUUAAUAAAUUUGGUACAAUGCAAUUUAUAAACAGCAACACGGAUCAAUAUUCCGAAAAACAAAAUCUCAUAAUCUGUCGAGCUUGCCUCAAUUCAAUACAAGAUACCAUCCCAUAUGGCAUUCAUACAAUGGAUUCACAAAUUCGCUUAUGGCUACAGGAUCCCACAUUGGAAAAUUCUGUUAUAGAAGAUGAAUUUCCCAAAAAUGUUUGUCAUUCUUGUCAUCAAACGUUGGAAAAUUUCCUAAAGUUUUAUCAAAUGUGUUUGCGCUCUCGGGAAUUGUACACAGAAAUGAUGAAGAAGGGCCAACGUACUACCAGUGGGAUGUCCGACAACAGUGAUACUUUGAAUGCAAGUGCAAAAGAGGUCAAUUGCGAUUGGCUGGAGUUUGAUUUUGUGGCAUUACCAAAAUCGUUGUUAACAGACAGAAGUAAAACAGAUUGCAAACUUGAUCCAAAUGUCAAGGAAAAGAUUCCCUCCCCAGCUACCUCCAAAAAGAAGGAAGAUUGUAUUGUUUCCCUUUUUGACCUCAAUGAUGCUUGUAGUGAUCAUUCUAGCAACGAUAACAUUGAGAGAGCAAGCAAUUCCUUUGCUACAUGCAAAGCUGGCAAAAUUCAAAUUUCUGCACCCCAAGAUAAGAGUUCUAAAAUAACCGUGGUUAAAAUAGAUCGCAAACAAAAAUCCCACAAUGAAGAUAAACCCCAACACAUAUGUGAAGAAUGUGGGAAAGUUUAUCCAUCAUUAGCAAGACUGAUAGAACAUCAGUAUUCGCAUAAACCCAAAACAGAAUAUCCUUAUCAUUGUAAAGAAUGCAAUAAGGCUUUCAAACAUCGUCAAACCUUUAUGGCCCAUCAAAUGCGUCAUGCUGGCAUUAAGAACUUUCAGUGUCCCUAUUGUGACAUGAAGAAAACUACCAAAAGUGAAUUAAGGGCACAUAUGAAUUAUCAUACCAAAGAACGCCAGUGGUUGUGUCCAAAGUGUCCUUUGAUAUUUAGUAGUGCAGCCAAUUUGCGUCGACAUGAUCAGGUAGUACAUCAGGGAAUACGACGUUAUAGCUGCAGUUAUUGUUCAACGACUUUUGGCAAACAGGAGUCUUUGAAACAUCACGAAAUGCGUCAUACAGGAGAAAAACCGCAUGUGUGUUUAAUAUGUGAUAAAAGAUUUAUACAGUCGGUGGCAUUAAAGGCCCACAUGAAAAUCCAUAAUAAAGGUUGAGCUAGAUAAUCAUUCCGAAGGAACUUGAGUACAGACCUCGCAUAGUUUAAGAAGUCCCAAGCAGGAGAAUGACUCAAGCGAUUCAUUUGAUCACCAAUAUGAUGAAACUCAUACUGAG